AUGAAUUCAUCAUGGAAAGAAGCUGAGGCUGCGAACCUCGAAGACGAUGCCCAAGUUGAUGACGACGAGGAGGAUCUUGUAUCGGAUGCCGAUUCAGAUGAAAUGGAGCUCCGAGGCGAUAUCGCCAAGUACGAACAGUCCGUCCGAGAAUUUCUCUCUUCGCAUCACACUGCUGGGGUCAGCGCUGGCGCCGGCCUUGAUGGCGAUGACGGAGGAUUGAGGAAGGCUCCGCCGAUGUCGAGGAGCAAACAUACUUCGCGCUCCAUCCGAGGUCCCCGGAAAGCCGCUGAGCCCAGGGGCGACAUCAAGCUUCGUCUUGCGGGAGUGAACCAGGCGUUUAUGAGUGGGAAUUAUGCCCUCGCUCGGGAUCUUGUAUUCGAGAUCAUCAGAAUCAACGCCGAAACUCAUCAGGCAUGGACUGUCCUAGCAUCCAUUUUUCGAGAAGAAGGCGCCAAUGACCAGGCGUUGAUGGCUAUGGUCAUUUCUGCUCAUCUGAGGCCCAAAGACUUCGCAGUAUGGAUGGAUUGCGCGUCCUUUGCCAUGAGCCUUGCCGAAGGCGGUCAAGAAGGCGCUCUCAAGACCGCUCUCAUGUGCUAUUCAUCUGCAAUCAAGGCUCAACCAACGAGCCUUGAAGCUAGACUAGGUAGAGCCGAAGCCAGUCACCGCCAGGGCUUCUUCUCUCAGGCUAUAACUGAGUUCACCUACGUCAUUGAACGUCGCCCGCUGGACAUAGAUGUCGUUCGACGGUUGGCAGAAGCCUGCGCCGACUCUGGAGGCAUGGAAGAUGUCCAGAAGGCUGUCUCAGCUUACAAGACGUACUUCGCACAUGCACGAAGUACAGAGCAGGAAGGAGGCGGGGAGCUAUCAUGGCAUGACAUAGGCAUUUAUGUGGAGCUCUUUGCCUGUGCUGGAGACUUCGGAAACGCUAUUGCAGAUCUCAAGUCGCUUUCACGCUGGCUGCUCGGACGACCAAACGACCAACAAUGGGAUGCCUGUUUCGAUGACAGGGAGUGGGAUCGUGAUCAUUCUCGCCGUGUUCAAAUCCCCUCUUUCGACCCUUCUGCCUACAACAUAUAUACCUAUGGUAUGGGAUUACCUCUGGAAUUCAGGGCUCGUCUUGCUCUAUACCGGCUGAAAAUCCGAGACGAGGAGGAAUCAGAUUGGUUAGAUCCAACUGAAUCUGCCACGGCUACCGCUAUCGAGGACUUUCCCUACCUCGUUCGAGAUAUUGCAGAUGAACUCUGCGCCGUCCAGCGCUACCAGGAGGCACUAGAUUACUACGAACUGCUGCGGCAUUCCGUUUACGGUCAAGACGCUACCUUGCUUCUUCAACUCGGCCGCUGCUACCUGAGGAAAUCCGACAACGUUGCGGCAGAGGACUGCUUUCUUGUGGCUAUCCAGGUCGACGAGACCAAUAUCGACGCUCGUUAUGAACUAGCCACGAUAUACGAAAAGGCAAAGGAGGAAGAGGAAGCUUACAUUCUGGUGACUGAAGCGAUUGCCCUUCAGGGCAUCAACGACGAAGGAGGCUUGGUAGGCGACGGCCGUGGAGAUAUGGGUGGCAUUAGAGGUCACCGUUUAUCAGGAUCUCUAGCCUCCGGUUUGGCUGAUGGCGUCAAGUCACGGCGCAGACGGGAAUACAAGCGCCGACCUGCGAAUAGCGGAAUCGUUCGCCCAAGAUAUCGCCCGAAGCGCCUUGUAGCUCCCGAUCAACGUAUGCAAGAGGAACGAGCGCGGGCGGAUGAGCUCACUAGGCGAUACGAAGUUGUGCGCAGCCUAAAGAAGGAAAUCCAAGCAGGCGAUCACUCCCUAAUACCAACAUGGAUGGCCGCUGCCGGCGAUCUUGUGGGCGAGUUUAGAUCCUUCAGGAAGUUCUAUCCUUGGGACAAAUACCUAAAGUUUCUUGGAGCUGCCAAUGAUGUUGUGUUCAGCGCUUCAUCCCGAAACCAGCCUGGCCUUUCGGAAUUGGCUGAAAGAUUGUCCAAGAAUAUGGCACCAUCUCUGACAGAAGAGAGGAGGACAAACGUAAUGUACGAGGACGACGGCUAUAGAGGCAUUCCUUUCGGCGAAUGGCUCGAACUGUUCCUUGACUACGCCAUAAGCCUUGCCCUGGACAACCGCGCCGAUGAGGCCUAUCAAGUUUGUGAAGCAGCUCGAGAUUCUAUCGUGUUCGUCAAUUCCAAGGAUUACAUGUUCUUAAUCCAUGUUGCAUGGGCGGCAUGUGCAAUAUAUCUUUCCGACGAAGAGAUGUGCGUAGCUGUCGCUAGAUUCUUUAUGAAGACUGUGCCAGUCACCGGCGUCAUGGUAUAA